AUGCUUCCUCUCUUGAUCAAGAUGCUUCCUCUCUUGAUCAAGGUGCUUCCUCCUUCAUUAAUUCUCGUACCCUGGAGCUCCUCUCUUCAUCAAGAUGCUUCCUCCUUCAUCAAGAUGCUUCCUCUCUUCUUCAAAGUACUCUCCUAUCAGAUGCUCCUCUCUUCAUACAAGAGUGUUCCUCCUCUUCUUCAAGACUUCCUCUCUUCUUCCAAAGUACUUCCUCUCUUGAUCAAGAUGCUUCCUCUCUUCUUCAAAGUUACUUUCUCUCUUCAUCAAGAUGCUUCCUCUCUUGAUCAAGGUGCUUCCUUGUUCUUCAAAGUAACUUCCUCUUUGAUCAAGUGCUUCCUCUCUUCUUCAAAGUACUUCCUCUCUUGA